UUUUUCUCUCUUUACUAAUGCCCAUCAUUUACAACUUUUCUGUUGAUUUUAUUUAUUCUUUACAUUACUAUAAUGAAUCAGUCACUACAAUCUUCUCAUCUAUAUGACCCUAAAAGGAGUCAGGUUUCUAAUAAGCAAAUUGAAACUAACACAAUAGGUAUAAAAUUAAUGCCAGGAAAAACAAAUGGACUAACCGGCAUGCUUCCAUUCCAUCAUUUGAUACACAUAUUACAAGCAUCCUUCAGUUUGGCCAAAUACACAUAUUACUGGUGGGUUCCAGAACAGAAGCCUAACAGUUCCAUCACGCUCCAGCAAACAUAGCCUAACAUAACCCUACCGCUUCCCGCCAAAUCCCUGAUUACCCUGAAACCUAUAAAAUUCCCUUUUCCCUCUGAAACCCUAAUUUUCUAAAUACCCUUACCGUCGGACCAGCAAUUCUUCAACUUUUUCCACAAAUAUCAACCACCUUGGAUCCAGAAGCAGUGAAUCAGACCUACUUCUUGCUUUUUUCUCAGUACACACUUCUAAUGACUCGCAGAAUCCGCUCUCUAAACAUAUUCUCUAUGUGCAUACUCGGGCACUUCUCCUUUAAUGCUAUUAUUUCACUCAAUCCAAAAGUUGCAAUUUCUCUGGAGACGCCAAUCAGAUAAUUCAGCUAAUUCACCUACUUUUUCUUUUCAUCUAAGUUUGUUGAAUUGGCCCAAUCAACCAGUCUAUUCAGUUGCAUAGUGUAUGAAAAUGAAGCUCAUUGAUGACUGAACCACUUAAACUUCUACUUAAGGAUGACGUAUUGGAUCUCUCUCUCCCUCACCCAUAAACAUAGAAUACAAGCGUACACAUUAAAAAAUAUCUUAAUAGUUAUUCUGGCUUAUGCUUUUUUCUUUUCAUUUUCAAAGAUUCGAGCAACUAGGUUGAAUCUUGAAUUCUCCUGAGGGAUCUUUGAAGCGCCAACCGUUCCCUGGGCCUGGCCUUGCAGUACGACUAUUGGGUGAUGUAACUGAAGACAAUGCUUUAAAUAUCCUCUGCCAAGUAGAUGAAAUUUUCAUCCACUCCAUCAAGCACGUCGGGCUUUAUGGUACAGUCUGGCAAGCUUUUGCAAUGUUUUUGCCUGCAAGAUCGUUCAAGGUGAUCAAAGAACAAACUCUCAUAUUGUUACUUUAAGAGCUGUUACAAGUCAAGAUGGAGGGACUGCAGAUUGGUACUACUUUGAAGAUUAAGCAUAAGUUCUUUGAUGAUGCGGCCCAAACAAUCUGCUAUAGUGUGUGGGGUGUAAACCUAUCAAAGCCUCCAUCGAUCGUUGAAUGGGAAUGUUGGCAUGAUUGAAUGCUCAAGGCUCAAUAGAGACCAAAUGGAACUCCGAUGAUUGUGUAGGUCAAAGUUAUGUAUACAUCUAGUCGUUAUUUGCUCUCUAUCCUAUAUCUAGUGAGCUCAGCAGAAAGGAGGAGUUGAGCUGGUCUAUGAUGUGAUUUUUUGACGCUUGAUAUCUGUGCUUGAAUCGAUCAUGCAUAGUUCUAGAAGAGUAAUAUUUUUGCACUAUUAUGUGAACAGCUUAUAAGAACUUAAAGAUGCUAAAACUUUUGUACAAUAUUUGCUUGUGUCUGUGUCCCAGAUAUUUCUCGCAUGUACCUCGAACAUCAGCAUUGCAUUGUGUCUAAUGUGCCACAUUCGUUUGUUGUUUCUGGAAUCUGCUCAAAUGUUUCUUAACAAUUACCAGUAUAUUAAUGGUAUUAUGCGUUGUUUCAAUUAUUAAAUAUUUGUUAUAUUUAUUAAUUAUAAUUUGCUGCUGCUGUAGUAACAGUAGCAUUCCAGCAAAGAUGAUUAUGUGGUACUAAUGGUCUGUGGUCUCCACCAUCUUUGUUGAUGUGGUAUAAUUUGUCUGAAAAAGUUUUGAUUUGGAUAGCCACAACACUAUCUUUACCAGCAUCUUUAUUCCUGACCAAUGGAAGUCAUUAAUCUGGUAUUUGGAUCUUCAUCCUUCCUAAAAUGCACAUUAUUCUAAUACUUAGUGGUGGCAAAAUAAUUAGAGGCCAUUAACUACCUUUAUCAUUUUUUAAUAGGGUGGAAAUAAACAAAAUGUUGCUUUGAAAAUUGAAAUUAAGAGAUUUUGUACAGAUCUUCCGCUCUAGCCCCUAUCUAUAUGUAGCCUGCCCCCUAGCCUAGCGCUUCAAUCAACAGAACAAAACGGUUUUUAUUUUUCCCUCUAUAAUAAUGUCUCGACUGCAGAUAAGUUAUGAGAUUCCAGUGUUAGAUUUAUUUGGACCUGUUAAUAUCCCUUCCCUUUAUCAAGCCUGUCAAGAGUGGGGCUUCUUUUAUGUAACCAACCACGGUAUCUCAAAGAACUUGUUUGAUGAAGUUCAUUCUCUCUCGAAGCAAAUCUUUAAUCUGCCUGUCGAUUCCAAACUCAAGCUUGGUCCAUCAUCAUGCUCGAAAACCUACACUCCUCAUUUUGUAGCCUCUCCUUAUUUUGAGAGCCUGCGCGUGUCUGGACCAGAUUUCUUUGCUUCUGCUAAGAGUUCUGCUGAUGAACUCUUUAGUCAACAAAAUUCUGAAUUUAGUGAGACAUUAAAGGAGUACGGAAACAAGAUGAUGGAGUUAUCAAAGAGGAUUACAAAGGUUGUAUUACUGAGUUUGGGAGAUGGUUAUGACAGGAAGUUCUAUGAACCAGAAUUUGGCAAGUGUCAUGGUUAUUUAAGGAUCGUAAAUUAUUCGCCACCAGAGAAUGUGGAAGAAAAGGAGGUUGAAGGACUUGGAAUGCACACUGAUAUGAGUUGCAUAACGAUACUUUAUCAGGAUGAGACUGGGGGGCUACAAAUGAGAUCGAAGCAAGGCGAAUGGAUUGAUAUAUGCCCAUGUGAGAAUGCUCUUGUAAUUAAUAUUGGAGAUUUGAUGCAGGCUUGGAGCAAUGGGCGGUUAAGGUCAUCUGAGCACAGGGUUAUUUUAAAGCGAUUUGUAAAUCGCCUAUCUCUUGCUUUCUUUUGCUGCUUUGAGGAUGAGAAGGUGAUCUCAGCACCGGAUGACAUUGUAGGAGAUGGAAACUUGAGGAUGUACAAGCCAUUUGUAUGCUUGGAUUAUUUGAAGUUUAGAGAGAACAAUGAGGAAGGUAAGUUCGAUAAAAUUGGUUACACUGUGAAUGAUUUUGCAGGUCUGAAACUUCAAAUGCAGAGCUAUUAGAUGAGAAUUCCAAACACUGUAAGCUGCUCUAGGUGAUACAUUUCAUUUCUCUACACUGUUAACUAUGAUCCUUUCAGGGUAUUCUGCCCUAUGUGGUUGAAAGUUGAACAGGUAAAAUGGUUAGAUUUGGCAACAGGGCUGCUUUCCUUCAAAGAAAAAGAUGUCAAUAUUCUCCUUCUCUCUUUUAGAUUUGUAUCAUGUGGAUAUUUGCCCUAUAACAGAUGCUGGUUUAGUAAUUUUGUAAAGCAUCUGAGCUCCUUGCAUCUUAAGUGCAGACUGUAUUCGAGGGAAUAAAGACAGCAAUGCUUAGAUGUGAUAGGCCGGGCAUGAAUCAUCUUGUUGCCAAUCAAAUUUGAGAUGGGAAUUUGGUCGGUUAAGAGAUGUGAUUGUUUGGGCAUGAAUUUUCUUGAUCAUGAAAAUAAAUAAUAAUAGCAAAUAGUAUGUUGGAUUCUUCAA